CGCUGCUCGCCGGCGAGCCUCCAUCCCAGCUCUGUGGUGUCCCGCCGACGGUAUGGCGGGGGCCCCGCUGCGACCGGGACGCUGCUGCUUCUGACCGCCUGGGCGCCCAGACCACGGCCGCGGCACCACCCCCGACUACGAGCGCCAAGCCGCCGCACAGAAAGGGGCACACCCUUUGUCGGCCGGCGGGUGCCAGCUGCCCCCUGAACAGCCCGCGCGACUGUUUUGCUCCUCACGUGGACACGAGACCCACAUCCCGUGCAUCUUGGGAACAGCCACUACUCACGCGGCGCCGCGCUUCACCGAUCAGCGCUGUCCAGGAGGCCUUGACACUGUGCUUAGAACAUUGCCUUCGAGCCUUCAAUCUGGUGCUCCGACGAAGCUUCUCGGGACGACAGGUGCCCCGGUGCGUCGCGACACCUGCUAGAGUGUCGUCGACGGACUUGUGCAAGACGUCGCGUUGCUACAGCGUUCACUUUGCGGGUGCUGUCACGGACGAGCGUCGCUUGCCGUAGUCGCGCUGGCGAACUUGGUGUGAGAUAGACGCUGGCCGCAGACUUGAGUGACCGCCAGCUGGCUCGAGGUUAGCCGGUGCCUUGCUGCCGGGGGCGCGUAGUUGUCGAGUGUGGUGACGGUACUUCGGUCCAGCUGACUAUGUCCCGACGGAAGCAAGCUUGUCCCAGUAGGCACAUCGCGUCACCAGCGUCAAGCUCCCUCUGCGUCGGGAAUAGCCACAACGGUUCGGGCCGAGGCGGGAGCAGCACUGGCGGCGAGGAAGAAAGCAGCGACGACGAGCACGUGUGCGGCCGCUGCCGCGCCGAGUUCCCCACUCUAGACCAUUUCUUGGCCCACAAGCGGUGCUGCCCAAGCGUCGAGACGAUGGGGAUGCCGGGCAGUACGCCGAGUCGGCUAUCGUGCAGCGAUGACGAUGCGGCUGGCCGCCAGUCAGCGUCGGACGUGGCCGAGGUGGACGAGGAACCCUUGGCGGCGGCUGCAGCUGCACGACUACCCUCGACACAUGUGGCGCUGGAGGCUUUGCAGAGUACCAAGGUGGCCGUGGCGCAAUUCGCCUACGGCAGCACCGGAGGCCCCGCUGAGAUAGCUGCGCUACACGAGGCACUGAUGGCACUGCAGCAACAGCAAGUCGUGCAGCUGCACAUCAUUCAGCAGCUCCAGGCAUACGUGGGUGCCACCCCUACGCUUCCCGUGAACCUGACCAGGGCGGCGGACACUACACCGACUCCGCCGCCACCGCCGCCGCCGCCGGUGCCCCGGACGGAGCCCAGCCCCGAUGCCCCGGGACAGACACACGCGACCCCGCCGCCGCCGAACACCGCGGUAGACCUGGCCGCCAAAGAGAGUGCGGCACCCGAACCGGCCGAGCCGCCUGCGGAGGCGCCUCUUGGGGAGUCCAUCUCCGGCGGUGCCCUGCUGGUUGCGCCGCCCGCCGGACCGCCGCCACCGGAUGAGCCCAACACGCUCGAGCUUCUGCAGCGACACACUGAGAAGGCGCUGCAGGACACCAUGAGCGGCGGCUCGUUCCUGCUCAACGGUCUCGGCUCCCCGGACCCGAGUCGCUUGCGUAGGAAGGACGGCCGGCCCGACGAGGCUUACUUGCGCCAUCGGUGUCGCUUCUGCGGCAAGGUGUUCGGCAGCGACAGCGCGCUGCAAAUCCACAUCCGCUCCCAUACCGGGGAAAGACCCUUCAAGUGCAACGUCUGCGGGAACAGGUUUUCAACGAAGGGCAACCUGAAGGUGCACUUUCAAAGACACCGUGCAAAGUACCCACACGUGCGAAUGAACCCGCAUCCUGUUCCGGAGCACUUGGACAAGCAUUUCCCGCCGUUGGAGCCUCCCGGGGAUCGCAGCCCGACAUCGCCGUCCGGCGCCACGUCGUCACCGCCACCGUCGCUAACGCCCGCACUGGCGCUACAGACAGCUCCUUUGGGCGUCUUGGUCAAACCAGGGCCGCCAGUGCCACGACCUGAUGACCUUGUCGGGCCCAGUUGCAGUGGGACGCUGGCGUUACGAGCCACGGGCACCAGAAGCAUAUCUCCUGGAACUGAAACAACCAAUGUGACUACAUCAAUGGGCUCUCCGCCGCUUGAAGAUGAACGCCCUUUGAGCCUUAAAGCUGAGCCAGAGGAUGACGUAGAUGACAAGGCGUCGGACGAAGACCGGGACUCCGGCGGCGUCAGCUGUUCCGCUGAUGACUCCAUGCCGUUCACGUCAGGCGGAUCAUUCAUGAGCGGCUCCUUCUCGGCGCUUCCGACGACCGCGGACACAGCAGUGCCACUCCAUGCGGAUCCCGCGUUCUACCAAGACUUGCUGCCGAAGCCUGGAAGUAACGACAACUCGUGGGAAACUCUCAUGGAGGUGACGAGGCCGUCUGAGACAUCCAAGCUGCAGCAACUGGUCGACAACAUUGAGCACAAGCUGAGUGACCCGAACCAAUGCGUGAUCUGUCAUCGUGUGCUCAGUUGCCGCAGUGCUCUGCAGAUGCACUACAGGACACACACCGGUGAACGGCCGUUCCGUUGCAAAAUAUGCGGUCGUGCGUUCACCACGAAAGGAAAUCUUAAGACACACAUGGGAGUUCAUAGAGUCAAACCACCACUACGUGUACUUCACAAGUGCCCCGUCUGUCACAAACAGUUCACUAAUUCCCUCGUUCUCCAACAGCAUGUCCGUAUGCAUGGUUCUGAAAGCUUACAUCCGACGGCGAGUUUUCAAACAAGCUCACAGAGGCCAACGCCACCACCAAAGACUUCUUCUUCACCUCCACUGAGCUCUCCAACUUCACCAACGCCUGAACAAAAGAAAGAAGAGGGGCGGUCACCCUCUCCGCAGCCUCUGUUGCGGCCUCUGAGUCCUGAGCGCCCACCAUCUCAACUUACUUCAUUAGCUGCCCUCGAAAAUCAGGUCAAGGGCAUAAAGACAUCGCUGCAAGUGCCAGCAUUGCCUUUUGGCCCCUUCGGCAUCGGUCUUUCGUCUGGUUUCGGGCGUUACGAUGAACAGUCACUUCUCUUAAAUCGAACGCCAGAAGCUGGACAGCGGUCUCCGGCGUUUUCUCCGCGAGCUGGAUCUGAACUGUCAACUGGUGACGAUAGAUCGACUCCAGGGGCGCCUUCGCCGUCUGGUGGAACUUCACCGCCCGUGAACGGCGGGCCGCUAGAUUUAACGCCGCGGACUUUGCUGGGUCGGCCAGCCGACAAUUUUUCCGGCCGAUUCUUCGCCGCGCCGCCGCUGGGAGGGCUGCCGUUUCCGGGAGCAGCGCCCGGCCGCCCGAACACAACAUGCCAGAUAUGCUUCAAGACGUUUGCCUGCAACAGUGCUCUCGAGAUCCACUAUCGGAGCCACACCAAAGAGCGACCGUUCAAAUGCAGCGUCUGCGAGCGGGGCUUCUCCACCAAGGGAAACCUCAAGCAGCACAUGCUGACGCACAAGAUCAGAGACUUGCCGGCCACCUUGUUCGCUGCCACCCCUACCUCGAGUGCGAGCGCACCGAGUCCGGCACCGAGCCCCGGGCGCUCUAUGAGCCCUGCCGAUCAGCGACACGGCACCAGUCCCGAGGAGAAUCGGACCAAAAGGAUGGAGCCGGUGGCCGCUCCGCCGGGCGUGCCGCCGCCGCCGCCGCCGCAGCAGCCCCGACGGCCUCCCGGGCUGCCCAGGCACGUGUGCCACGUGUGCAACAAGCCCUUCUCGAGCUCUAGUUCUCUCCAGAUCCACAUGCGCACACAUACUGGUGACCGGCCCUUCAAGUGCUCUGUGUGCGGCCGCGCUUUCACCACCAAGGGCAACCUCAAAGUGCACAUGGGCACGCACAUGUGGAACAACGGCAGUUCGCGCCGCGGCCGCCGCAUGUCCAUUGAGCUCCCGUCGCUGCUGAGUGGUCCCAAGGCCGACUUCGCGCCGCCGCCGCCGCCACCCCACGAGCUCUUUUACCCUUAUCUUGGGCCGGCCUACCUUAAUGGCAUGCUGGGACCGAAGGCGAACGAGAUCUCCGUCAUCCAGGGCGCCAGCACCGAGCCCCGACCGGGAGACGAGGCCGAGCCGCACAACGGCGCCUGGGCCUGGAAGAUGGCCUGCAACUUGUGCGCCAAGAUUUGCGGUUCAUCGCUCGAGCUCGAGGCUCACCUCAAGGCGCACCACCGCAAGGAACUGGAGGUCCAGUCGCCUGACAACGUGGCCGUCUGAGGCCGCCCGCACCCCUAGUCCAUGCCCUUCCCCAUUCCUGUAGCCCAAGCGGCCCUUCCCCGUAACUUAUUGUCUCGCCCUCAUCCACGAGUUGGUUAUGUCUUCUGUGAUAGUGCACCUCCACGACCUCCCGAACUGCCGAAACUGUUUUUUCCCCCCUUGUGUAACCUAGUUUUCAUUGGUUAGGCCCUCGCCAGUCGCAGCCCUCGGCGCAGCCCCGGAGUGUACAGUGUUUCCGCAGGGGUCGCCCGAGUGGCGCGGCCGUGUAACCCUCUCCUCCCCUCCCCAACACCCCUAGGCGCCAGCCCCCGCCAGCCAGCCGUCGGGCACAGCACCAGCUGAGGGCCGGGGGGACCACGCGAGUGAUACCUGGGCUGUGAUAUGUGUGGUGCCCCUGGCCCUUUUUGAGUAACGCGUUCCCCACACCUUUCGACCUCCCUUCCACGCGCGCCAUGCUCUUCGACGGCAAAAUACACUGGGCAUUCCAUUGCUACACACACGCGCAAGCGGAUGCAUUCCGUUCCUCCUCCCUGUUGUUCUGUCUUCCUCUCCAAGCCCUGGGCCGUCCCUGUUCAGGCGUAGCGCUCGACGGACCCCGUGAACUCCUGCCGCCCUCUCCAAAUCCCCAUCUUCGUUUCUCACUGGGCACGGUAAUGUGCACGUGCUUCGGGCGACGGCCGCGAACCGUCACAUAAAGGCCAACAAAUCACGUGACAUCGCCAGCCACUGUUUGUACUCUCUUCGAGAUGCUCUCUGCAGCGUUGUUGAAGCCACAGGCGCGAGGGCAUAGAUUACAGUGAGGAACAAAGCGUGCGAUAUCACGUGUACGAUGUGAGCUAGGAAAGCUGUUAAACGUUGCCGAAAUCGCGGAACUCCAACAAUAAAAAAACAGAGACCGACUCGAUAGGGCGUAAGGCAACGCCCCUGUCUCCAAUUAACCGCCAAUUUAGGCUCGUGUCUAUAAAAAACAGACUUUCUUGAGCCACAGCGAACAGAAGAAAAAAAACAGUUCUCAUCUUUUCUUGUUCGCCGAACAUCAUUAUUUGGUCCUUUCAAGUGUUGUCAGAAGUCCACCAUCCUGGAGUCUGCUUAACAGUGUUGUGAAUAACGUAGUUCUAAUUGCAUUAUGACUAGCGACAGCAUUGUUGGGCCAGCAAAACUUAAGUUGACGGAGAUGGUCCUUUCCUUUUUUGCCUAAUUUAUGCCGAGGUUAUUUCAGUUUAUUUAUGUGUAAUUGUUUUUCCCUUUUUCUCUGUUCAGGAGAGAUGUCGGCACUGAGAGAAUUGAUACGCACAAGGCACCACAUUGAGAGCAUGGAUAAACGAAGGACAGGUCGCAUCAAGGAAGGGCUAGGCGAAGCCUGAGAUUCUCGCAGAAUCCCCACUUUUCUACAAAUUUAGUUAUGUCUGCGUUCCCGUGGUUUCAGUAUAAUUAGCGCUGCCCUUUUGAUGGGUAUAAUGUUACCCACGACGUGUGUUUAACUUCACCUCAACGUAAUGACCUUGAUGUCAAAUGCUGGAGUGCUACACUGUAAACGCUGCUAAAUGACCUACAUCAUAGCGCCUGGAACUUCGCGGUAAGCACUGGCGAUGAUACGUGGAUAUUGUGGAAUAUGCAGAGGGGUAGCAAAUAUAAUUGAGGAAACAUUUCAGAUAUACGCAAUUUACAUUUAUUUCGUCGUCUCUUGUGCCGUGAAUGAAGUCGCUAUGAAACGCCGUGUGUGGUUGCGUUCACCUCUGCGCAACGAAAGUAACUGUAGUCCAGUAGACAACGCUAACAGGUCUGUUUCGUCGUAGGUUACGUGAGCAAAUGAACCAGUGGUGCGUGUACGUUUCAAGAAACUUUCUUUUGUUUCAGGAAAAGAAACAAACGUUUCAUCAUGCCACUUUUCUGAAAAAAAGUUCAUUGCGCUGCCUAAAUCACGCUGCAUGUUUUCUUUUCGUCCUAAUAUUAUUUCAAUUCCACAACUACACACUUCGCGUAACAACGCAGGGUGCUGCGAUCGCAGAACGUGUUUUCAUCCUUUUGAACAAAUAUUAACGAGGACGCCUGCCUUCUUUCAAAAAAAAAAAAAAACGCGCUUUAAUGUUACAGUUGAAGCAAACAAUAAUUAAGAUCAGGGGCUUUUCUCAAAAUAGGCUGAACGGAAAGAAAGCUUGAAAUUAGAACUGUGUUGCUAAUACUCACAAGCAGUCAUUUCUGUUUUGCUGUCUCGGCAUGUCAUUUACGACAUGCAUUGUUCAGACUUUGAAUGUGAACGCGUGGAAUAGCAUGACGCUUCGGAACACGCUAAGCGGUCGUCACCAGAUUGCAUCUGCAUUGCCGGAAAGGUCAAUAUUCAGGCAGAUCUCCAGUGGUGUUGAGUUUAGUUAAUUAUUCGUAACGUCUUCUUUUUUCUAGAUGUUCAAAUUACCCAGCAGUAUUACAUAUACGGCCAUCACAUGGGGACGUAGAUGUACGAAGGCUCGGAAAUAUGCGCACGAAGACGCUGUGCCUUUGUUUAGAUGUUUCGCGCAAGUCGUUAGUACGUUAGUACAUACAAGCGGCAGGGAUACUGCCAUUAUUCUCUAGGUGUCAUUUGUUAUGCAUCGGGUGACAAAGUAGCUGACACGCGUUUUUUGGGCAUUCGUUGCGUAAAUGUCUAGGCACACGACCGUGUUUGCGACAACUGACAGAUUCACUUGCGUAAUAUCGCUUCGCAGUGCACUGUGUUUGUUUACUUUGGAAACAAUACACAAUUAUCCAUCUGGCGCUUACUAUGCAGUGCUCAGAAUUCCAUGAUGGCAGAAGCGAAACUGAAGUGUUCAAAGCGAUGAGAGCUACGUAGCACCCUGCGUGUAGUCGGUUCUGAAAUGUUACUUGAAUGUUACCAAGAAAUUAAUGUUAUUUUGCCCCUGCACUUAGGCUGCAGUGUUGCGUACGGACGACGCCUCGUGGCUUAUAAGUGCUUCGCUCUCGGUUACAGCUCUUGCCUGGUCGGUAGAAGAAAUGUAUCAUGCCGUUACAGGCACCUUUAAGCUGUAAGGUCGCCGUCCGUACGGGGGAUUUUAACGCCAGUGAGCUGGCGACUAAGCACACACACACACACACACAAAAAUAUUUUGUUCUCUAAUUUUCGAAAUCAUUCAUGCAAGACUCCGCAUACAAGUCUAGCGUACAUUGCGUCCUGUGAUACGAAUUGUGUGGCGCGAUUCACUGGCGUGUUUAAAGACUUAUGACCACGUUUACGAAUUUCGUUUACUUUCUGAUCCUCAUGUUUUAAGUUAAUCAUGCACUUUAAUUCCUCCCAAGUAGCCUGGCACUUGUUUUUUGCUAUUGUGCUUCUUGGGAGUUAGCUUUUCGUGAAAAUGCUGGUGUGCCAGAGUUGCAGUAGUUUCUCACAUGUGUCGGAAGGCGGUAAACUUGAGGCGUUUUUCUCUGUGUAGCCCGGCGUUCGUUCCACCUUUUACCUUCUUUAUCUUGCAAGGAGUGAUGCUAAUUGUAUACAUUGUGUAAUACUCAGCACAUCUUUAAUUUUUUUUUUUUCUCGAAAGCGCGCAGUGUGCGCGCGCAUGCCUUAUUUUUCGUUAGCCACAUUUACAUUACCUUUUGUGUUGUUCGUAUGGAAAUUGUGGCGUCACGUACACGUACCAUAGUGACGCCGCGGGUGGACAGUGGCAGCAUUCUUUCCUACCCCAGUGGCGUGCAUUCGUUGGCUUUGUGGUCCAACACCUUCGGCCCCCUGGAUCUGACCGUCGUUGCGUGCUGUCUUUUUAAUCGAUAGGGGGGUUCGUUCUGUGUUUUCUUUUCAACGAUUACGUCAGACGGACGUGAUCAUCCUUGGGGCAGUGCUCCGCCAGCCAUCGUGUCAACAGAAACACUCCGGAGAAAGCUAUUUUUGUAACACUUGUAGCGGUUGUCAACGCUGCCUGGCGGAACACUGCUCGCCUGGCAUCUUCCGCGCGCCGGCGGCCAACCGAGGAACAAAAGUGAACGCUCACGGGGCAGCGCAACGACAGCGAGAGAAUUAUCACCGAUCAAACUGUGGGACUCUGAACAAACACUCUGUCUGUACCCAACAAGUUUCGGCAUGUGUUUACCCUCGCCUUGCCUACUCACGCUGCUGGCUGAUUCCCCUCACGUUGCGCAGUGCCGAUAGCUGGUUUUGAGACUGUUAUUUCUGUCAUGGUGCCUCGGUUUCGUUUCUGAGCGCUGUCGGCGCGAACACACUCACUGUUGUAUAGUCAAACUACCAUGUUCACUCCUGCAAGUCGCUGAAAGGGACCAUGAAGGGAAUAACACGAACAGUGUUCAGCACUUAGGUUGUCCUGCCGUGAAGGAUGGCAGAUUACAAGCCCGAUAGAUGCGUAAAAAGUGUCGUUUAACCUAAAUUGCGGCGCUGCAAUUCUUCUCUCGGGGCCCUUAUUCGAGAACCGCAGUUCACAUUCAGUUUACGUUUCUGUGAAAAAAUAAAAGAAAUAUUGUUAGCACUUGUUGUGGCAUAAUUAUGUGAGUUUGAGCAAUUGCUAACUGACAUGGUUUAGAAGAUGUGUAAAGAGCUCAAAAUGGGUUUCUUACGUAGUACCUUAAGUGAUAACGCGCAUGAUACUAAGUUCAACUUAGUGUAACAACUUAGUGUAAUUUUCAAUGAAAAAAAGGAGAAAGUGAUUAAGUAUUAUUACGCUACGAAUCAGAGCGCUUAUAGAAACGGAGCUCUCGCGUGAUUCAUUAAAUGCGCUUGAUCGCUGCAUAAUAAUAGAAUAAAAUAGACUAAAAUAGUUGCCCAUUUGGUGACUUAACAAGUAAGCGUGGAACAAGUUCGUGGUGAAUUUCAUGGUCCCUUAAAUGUGAUUAUUGCCGCACAAUUCUGAACAGCUCUCAGCAAUGCAGAGCCUGGCCCAUUAUAUUACACGCAGUGUCAAGGUUUACAAUAUUUACUUAUUAUGCUUCUGACAUUGGUUCAUAAGUCACAAGGAAGUGCUUUACGAUCACUUCAACACAAUAGCAGAGAAGUGAGUUCUUUUCGUCAUGCGCUAUGCGCAAGGAGUUGCGCGCCGGGGCUAGAAAUAUGUCAAAUGAAUUGUGUGUGGGAUGAGCAUUGUGCUGUGCAUGCAACGUCUGAGAUGUCAUCACCGUGGAAGGCAAAGUCAUGAGCUGUGCUCAGGCACCUUAUCUUCCCAACGUUUUCGAGCCCUCCUGGCAUCCCACAUGUAUCUGUGAACACCCUCCAGUGGCCUCUCUUUGUACGCUCCAGGAGGCAGCAGAAUAAAGCAAACGAGGACAUCGCCAUGGAAAUACAUCGUGCCGAGCGAUAAAUAAAACUCAACUUUAG